AAAAAAAAAAAAAGAAAGAAAAAAAAGAUGACGUUCGUGUAUAACGUAGAGUAUAUAAACUUAAGAAUAAAUCGAUUGUAUAAUCCUUCUAACGAUUCUAAUUAAUAUAUAAUUAAUUGAUUUCGAGUAUCCAAAGGAAAUGUGGAAAACUGACUGACCUACCCCCUUAAAAGGAUGCAAAGGAGGAUAGGUCCGUUUAUAUCGUGUAAGAUGCACGCAUGCUCGGGACGCAUUUUACCCGUCUCCCCACCAACCCUCUCCGUCCUCCGCCCACCGUCCUCGGCCCCACCGUCCCUCCGUCCCACCGUCCCCCACCCACCCAUAACGACUUGCAUCGUGCAAGGUAUCAUGCUUCUUGGUCGCAACCAUUCCGAAGAAAUGCAUUUGAUCUGAAAAGUGUUAAAAAUUCGUUAAUGUAAAAUUAAUUAUAUUUAACGUUCGUAUUAAAUUGUCUCGUUGGUUUCGUGAUACGUUUGUGAUAAAGGAGGAAAAAAAAAAAGAAAAAAAAAAGAAAAGAAAAGAAAAGAAAAGAAAAGAAACAAUAAAGGAAGUUAAAAGAGAGACCGAAGAUGCCGGGCAAAGACAAAACAGGAUUCUUAAUAUCGGCUAUAUUAAUUCUUUUAAUUGGCGUUUAUUACGUCAAUGCGAGACACAUUAUAGCAAAGAGAAAUUAUAGCGAUCAGAGUGUCAGAGGAUAUUUAGCAGAGAGAACCUGUUGGUGGAACGAGGUAUGCAAGGAAGAGUUUCAUAGUAAAUUUCGUUGCCGUUGUCCAAGAUGGUCCUAUUGCCGUUCUCCUGGGAGAUAUUACGAUGCACAUUGCAGUAUGACGCGCACAGGUUAUAUUUGGACUCAGCCGGAAACCUCGCUGACUCUGGAAAUCGAUAAGUAACCGGGACAACGCGUAGAUGCAUACGUACAUACGUACAUACGUAUAUACAUACAUACAUACAUACACAGAUACAUAUGUAAAAUAUCUAUCUAGUCCUGUUUACGUCUAUACUACGUCAAAUCAAAUAUUUCAUUCUCCUACCCCUCAUCCUUCCCCUCCAAUCCCUCCAUUUCCUUCUCCCGUUCUCUCCCCAUCUUUAUCGCCCCUAUCCCAUAUCCCUUUACCGUUCCAUCAUGAGCGACAUCCUACAAAAUUUUUAAUCUAAAUUCACUUGCAAUUCUCGAUGAUACUUUUAAUACGAAGAAAUCGAUUGAAAUCAAAUCAAAUGAAAUCAAAUGAAAUUUUAGAUAACUUUUGAAUCGUUUUUUUUUAUAUAGCAUCGGCAUAAGAUGACCAUAAAUUAGUAUUGACUAAUAUAUAUA